AUGACUGAUUCUCGCCUGCUCGUUAAGAUUUCCAACGCAGCAAGUAGGCUGAGGCACAAAGAUAUCGUCGGAAUCAUAGCCCAGGGAAGGAGAGGGCUUGGAGCAGAGAGAGAAGGUAGUCAGACCUGGGGCAAAGCAGGCCCAAAGGAAAGGAGAGAGAUGAUCCAGAAAGAAGUUAGACAGCGGGAGGAAGAACUUCGGAGAGCUCGAGCCGUAGGACAGGGUGUCCAAGGGGCAUGGACAAAGUGGGAAGGAGUACGAGAACGAAGGAUAGCAUGGAAGGAAUUGUUCAGAGAGCCCCUAAAGACCACAUUUUUGUUAAAAUCUGUUUAUGACCUCCUACCAACAGCUGUCAACUUGAAGAGAUGGGGGAAGACAGACGAAGACAGAUGUGUGCUCUGCGGAAAGAAAGGAAAUUUAAGUCACAUCUUGUCAAGCUGCCAGGUGGCGUUGAGCAGAGGGAGAUACACAUGGCGCCACAACCAAGUGUUAAAAGUCAUUGUCAACGCGUUGGAAGAAGUGAGAGCAGAGAACAAGGGUAGACCAGGGAAAAGAUUCCAGCCCAUCAGCUUUGUAAAAGAGGGGGAGAAAGUGAAGAACAUAGAGAAGAGGCAUAGAGACCAACCAGGCAUAAUGUCAACAGCACAUGAUUGGGUCAUACAAGCAGAUAUCGGGAAACAGCUUGAAUUCCCAAAAGACAUCAUUACAACAAACCUGAGACCCGAUAUAAUUAUGUAUUCCAGGAGGACUAAACAACUGGUGUUGAUAGAACUCACCGUACCCUGGGAAGAUAGGGUAGAAGAAGCCCAAGAGAGGAAACUUCAAAAGUACCAGGAGUUAGUAACCAGCUGCAGGGAAAGGGGGUGGAAAACAAGGAACUGCCCAGUGGAAGUCGGCUGCAGGGGGUUCAUAGCUGAGUCUAUGUGGAGAACCCUCGGGUUCCUCGGAGUGGUGGGAAAGAAGAGAAGGGACUUAACGCGGAAAAUAACGGAGACAACACAAGAGGCGUCCUACUGGGUGUGGAAGCAGAGAGAAAGCAACUAG